CGUCUGGACGAAACAAAAGGGUUUUUCAGUACUCAUUUCGGGGGAGAAAAAGGAGCGACUUUUGGUAAAUAACAAUGGCGAUUCUCGACCGCAGCCUCGUUUUCGCGGCGAUCGCGGUGGCGAUGCUGGCUCCGCGACCACGACGUCCACACGCCGCGCAGCAGUCGAUCCCAUCGUGCGCGUCGAAGCUAGUCCCGUGCGCCAACUACCUCAACUCGACGAAGCCCCCCGAAUCUUGCUGCGGCCCGCUGAAGGACGCGGUGAAGAACGAGCUCCCCUGUCUUUGCUCUCUCUUCAACUCUCCCGAUAUCAUCAAAGCUUUCGGUAUUAAUAUGACCCAGGCGCUCGAGCUCCCCAAGAGAUGCGGCGUGAAUUCUAAUACUUCACUGUGUUCCAAAUCUGGAGCUACACCUCCAUCAUCAGCAAAGACUCCUCCAGGUGGUAGCGGAGGAAAGUCAGGUUCAGGUGGUGACAGCAGCUCUGGCAAGAACAACAAUUCUGGUGCAUUUGUUGGUGCAACCUGGAUUGGAAUCCCAAGCUUGGUGAGCUUGUUCUUGUUUGCUUGGUGCAUGAUGGCGUUAUAGAAUGUGAAGUCAAGUAUGGUAAUUUGGGCUUAUUGGUUGUGAUAAAUUAUAUUUGGUCAGUUAUGUGUUCAUGUUGUUUCUUUGGUUUGUCGGUGGUUUGAUGAGUUUAAAGUGUGAUGUUGUAAUUGUGUGAGGAUUGCUACUUCUUGUCAUAGCAGGAACUGUUGAGGCAUAUUGCAGGCUUCUGAGCUAUGAUCUUUGAUCUUUUCAUUUGCUGUUUCAUAUGACAUCUUAUUAGGAGUUAGUUUUGCUGUACGGAACGUCAUUUGUACUUGUACUGCGGGGUUAAUUUUUUAGUCCGAA